AUGAUGGUGGCAGUGGCCGCCCUGGGCCGCCUGCAGGGCCUGGAAAAACAGCUGAAAAAUGAAGACUAUGAAUUCAGUGGGGAAACAGUGCAGCAUCUUGAAGAUACUAUUGCUGCUAUUAAGAAAUUGGAAGAAAUUAGAAGACAAACCCUUGAACGCUUGGAAGAGGAGACCAUUGAAAACAGCAAACUUCGCGUCAGAACGCGGCACUUCCGAGGAGUGAUUAUGGCAGAGAUGACAGCCCUUGUUACUGCUGCUCGUGAAUCGAGUGCUGCUCAGAUAGAGCAGUUGCAGGCUGCCCUGAAAAGCGUUGCUCGUGAAAUUGCAUCGCUGGAUGAGAAGCAAAACCUUAGUGAAAAGCAGAACGCUGCCCUGUGUGAGGAGCAAGACCGCUUGCGGAUGCAGUAUCAGGGAAUUAUAGAGUUGCUGAAUGAAAGGAUGGCAAGGAAAGUUAACACAAAUGUUCUCUUAAAUGAUACYUGGGAGAAAACAAGAGAUACAGAAAAAGAAAUAAUCAGGGCAAAAGCAGCAUUAAAAGAAUUGAAAGAACAAGUAGCAGUAAAAAUGCAGAAACUKUGGAAAGAAAAAGAAGACUGUAAAUUAAAGGAGAAAGAAAUGAAGAGAAUCCUUGAUACUCAGCAGGCAAAAACUUCAGAGAAAAAGGAUAAAUAUGAAGCCUUGAAUAUAAAAUCAUUGAACAUAGAGAAUUUAAUAAUGGUGAAUUCAGUGGCUAUAUCUAAUGAAGAGUCUCUCAUAGCAAAAUAUAAAGAAACAAGCAAGCAACUGGAAAAAAACCUGAAAUUAAAAAAAACGAACAKGUUGGAACUCUUGAAAAAGAAAGAACAGCUUGAUUCUGACAUACAGAUUUUAAAAUCUGAAUUUGUGCAUGAAAAAGAUGCUUUGAAUAAGGAACUUGAAAGGAUUACAAGAGAGCUACAGAAUGUUGAACACCUAAAUAAAAAGCUUAAAUUUGAAAAUAAAGAAGCACACCAAAAGUACCAGCAAUUAGAGGAAGAAGAACAACACUGGGCUCUGAAAAGGGAUAAAACYGUGGAAAAGCUGGGAAAAUUAUCCGUUCUGCUAGAUGAAAAUCUUGAACUUUUGGAAAAUCGUAUGGUGGAAGAGAAAAGCCUAGAAGAGGAAAUUGAAAAUCUUGGAGCUAAUCUACUAAGCCUGAGGCAGAGCUAUGAAAAGGGACUGAAAUUUCUAGAGCAAAAUUUGAAGUCCGAAAGUGAGAUGAGAGCAAUGCUUCAGUGGAAGAAGCUGCACUUAACAAAACAGAAAAACUUCUUUCUCUCAAGGGAGGAGGAAAGAAAAAAAGAAGUGGAUGAAAGAAUAGAGRCUGGUAAAAAGCAGCAUGCUAAACUACUUGUGGAGAUUGAAGACUUAGAGAAAGAACUUUUGCAGUCGGAAAACCAAGUCAAAGCCCUGGAUGAUGAGAUAAAUAAGASGGAAGCUGACUACAGGAUUUAUAAGGAGGAUUUUACUACCAAAAUAAAAUGCCUGGAGAAUGACUUCAAAACUGUGACUGAGAAUCUGCAUCAAAAGGAACAAGAAUUAAAUAUAAGCAAACUAACCUUGGAAGAAACCCAGAGACAAUUAAAAGAGAAUCAGGAAAAAUAUGAAGAACUCAGGAAAUCAUUUUUGAAAAGGAAGGAUGAGGAAAUAAAAGCCAGAAAAUCCAUUGAGCGGUCAAUCAAGACUACGGAGAGGCUCAAGGAGGGCAUGCGGGACCUGAGGAAGAAAUUGCGGAUCAAGCGCAGCGCUGCCUUCGACCAACUGAAACAUCAUACAGAGAGUGCCAAGUGGCUGGAAAGAGACAUCUAUGAGAUCAACAGGAAACUCGACAUCGUGCACACUGAGAACUGCAGAUUAAAAUCCUGCAAUGCACAGAUAAAAGAAGAUAUUUUUGCAAUGAAUUUUGAAGCAGAAAAUCACAAGUCAGCAACAGCCCAACUCCUGAAUGACCUAGCAGUGUUUCAUGAUGUUCUUCUGAAGGGAUGGUCAGAGGACAGCUCUAUGCAAAAGGAAUUUUUGGAGAAUGAGCGGGAAAUACUAAAAGCAAUGGAAGCUCUAAUAACAAAAAUUCAACAACGAGAGGAAAAACUGGGUGAUAUUAAUAGGAGGCUACAAAAUAAUCUGGAAGGACUUGAUUCUCUAGUUGAAAAAACAUCCAGAGUGGCUCACCAUUCAGCUGAAGGGUCAAAUAUUAGCGCCCAGAAGGAGAGGUGA